UUGGUGACUAGCUAGUCUAGCACUUUUUCCUCGUUGGUUCUCUCAAAAUCAGUUUUUCUUUGCUCUGUCCAGUUGAUAUUCCCAGGAACUAGGUUCUGCGUGACUUACAGCAGACACAUAAGACUACUGUCAGACUAAACCGGAAACUUACGCUUUUUAGUUUUCAGUGCCCUGAAUCAGUGGAGCGCAGUUGCUGUGAGGAUUUUAAAAAAAUGGAAUUCGAACUCCUGAACGCAGAAUUACAAAAAAUCGGACACUCUUCAAACCGUUUCUCCGAUUAUUACACUCAGUCGCGUCGAUCCGCAGAAACACAGGAAGAUAGACGAAGAGCUGUGCUCCGAGAUCUCCGUUUACAGAAACGUGACGCUCUCCUGGUAAGCAGAUACAAAAACAUUUUCGCGGAUGUAAUUUCUGAUAACGAGGGCGCUGCAGAUCAUAGAGAUUAUGCUACAAAAACAGAAGAGGAAACAAACGAGAUUCAGGCAGAACAUGGUCAGAGUUCCAGUGCAGGGCACGAAGCUGAGGAUUACUCGCCCAACAAAUGUCCGAAACGUCGAACGGAAGAUAAGGCUCCUCGUUUAAUGCUGUCGGAGUGGCUGAUCGAAGUGCCGGCGGAUUUUGAAGAUAGCUGGCUUAUGACUAUAUGUCCGGAAGGAAAGCGCUGUGCAGUCGUGGCAAACAAGGGUCGUACUGUAAUUUAUUCCCGACCUGGAAAAUUCCUUAUGGACGGAACAUCCGAUUUGCCAGGUGGUAGCCCCCGAAACCCCAAUAAGCAGUGUUACAGCGUUCUCGACUGCAUUUUAAAUAGUAAAGAUGGACAGUUAUACGUGCUGGAUGUGCUUUUUUGGAAUGGAUCCUCAUUAGUGGAUCAGUCGGCUGAAUUUCGAUUGUUUUGGUUGAAAAGCCGUCUCGGCGAACUGGACCACACCACACUCAUAUCAGAAAACGAAGAAUUGCCUUUUUCUUGCCUUGAAUAUGUGCCAUGUGACAAAACAAACAUGGAAGCUCAUUUGCAAAGGAGCCCGAGCAGCUUUACAGUGGAUGGAAUGAUGUUUUGUCAUAAGGAUGGCUGCUAUUUUCCUGGGACAACUCCGUUGGUGUGUUGGUUGAAGCCGUUUAUGAUUCCGGAGAUACUUGGUAUCCCUGUUCCUGACGUCAUGAUGCAGGGCAUGCCAGAAGGGUAUAGGAAUUUGUCGGAGCAUCUGCUAGCAUUGAAUGAGAAAAAUAUUAGAGCGAAAGACAUUCAACGAUCGAAACGACGAAGUUCAAAGCCAGGCAAACGUUGAUGUUCACAGGACGUCAUAUGUUGAGUUUAAUUCAGCGAUUUUGUCUUUCGUGCCCUGUAUAAUUAAUUGCGGAUUAAAUUUUCAAUUUAUUCUAUGAGAUUCCUAUCCGCCUACGUUUAUUGUUGAAUUCGACUUGUUAUACUAUUUAAGCCAGAUCUUCCUUCAAAUCAGAUGACCCUUGGAAUUUUUUGUACCGUAGAAUGGUCCUUAUUGUGUUUGUACAGUCAGUGCGCUGUGUGAUGAGAAUUUUCUUUUUCGUAGAUUGGUAAUGUGAUAUAAAUUCGUGAUAGCAA